AUGCUACCAACUUCAGCAGCUAUUCAACCAAACAUACUUCACUUAUUCAUCUGUUUUUACCAACACUUUCAUUCUUAGCUUUUGUCCAACCAAAUUUUGGAAGAUGGCCAAUAGAAAUGUUGCUGCAAAUUCUUCUUUUGAAAGGACAAGCUUGGCUUCCCUGGAUCAAAAGUUGGCCUUGGCCAAGCGCUGUUCUCACGAGGGUGUGAUGGCAGGAGCCAAGGCAGCUGUUGUUGCUACUAUUGCCACUGCAAUCCCAACUCUGGCUAGUGUGAAGAUGCUACCCUGGGCAAAAGCAAAUCUCAAUCACUCUGCUCAAGCUCUCAUAAUUUCCACAGUGGCUGGAGCAGCAUAUUUCAUCGUAGCUGACAAGACUGUUUUGGGAACUGCAAGAAAGAACUCCUUCGACCCACCCUCCAACCAAUGAAUCCUAAAUCUGACAACUUGGAUAUGGAAUUCAGCUGCAUUACAUUGAACUAUCUUAACUUCAACCUAAUCACAUGUAUAUGCAUUUCAAAUAAAGAAAGAUUUGCAUUUCAGAUCAAGUAUGUAUCGAUUAUGAAUGCAAAUCAUUGUCUUUCUUCUACCCAA